AUGCUGUAUGCUGUCAAUUCCUCGUUCUCGGAAAUUCCCUACAAUGCAUCGAACCCGCAAAAAAAGACGGCCGCGCAGCUUGGACGUUUUCAAUCUCGUUUUCUUUUUGCGUGA